AAUAUGGAAAACCAUCAUCACGAAAAGAAGGCAACGAUGGCAUCAGAAAAAAUACAAGAUCAAAUCGAACAAUGAUGAUAUCCGUAAAAAUAAAAAAUUACUGAGAAGAUUUUACAAAAAUCGUGAAGAUGUUUCUGAACGAGUAAGAGAAGAAACUCUCAAAGGAUGGAUCAGUACCGCGAGAAAGAUAUUUAUAAUGGAUGCUUCAGAGAACUUAACAACGGAUGCGGUGUUCAUGAAUCUCAUGAAGAUAUCAAAUCCAACUAAGCCGCAAAAAGAUGGGUUAUGCUUAAGAAAAGGACCAAAAAAGAUCCAAAUCAAUGGUAAAGGUUGUUGCGUUUUGAAAAAUAUCAGUUUAGAAAAACCUUCACUGGAAAGACUGUAUUCGGGAGAAAAACCAAACAUUGGAUACGAUUGUAACGACAAGAUAAUCGAAUUCGGAAACAUUAAGACAUAUCAAAAGAAUUGUAAGCCCAAGACCAAUUACAGAACGAGCUAUCCUCUUGUGAUG